CCUUUCCAAGGAGGUUCUGAUGCUUCUGUUCAGCUAAACUUGGGCCGCUUGACAUACACGUCAUCUCAACUAUGGAAGGACUGUUGCUGGAUCCGACUUUGUACACUGUCAAAGGAAUUGCUAUAUUGGACAAUGACGGCCACCGGGUCUUGGCAAAGUACUACGACUCGCAGAUAUUCCCAACCGUCAAGGAACAGAAGGCUUUUGAGAAAAACCUCUUCAACAAGACGCACAGGGCUAAUGCUGAGAUCAUAAUGCUCGAUGGGCUCACUUGUGUCUACAAGUCGAACGUCGAUCUCUUUUUCUACGUCAUGGGCAGCUCUCAUGAAAAUGAACUGAUUUUGAUGAACGUACUCCAAUGUCUUUACGACUCGAUAAGCCAGAUCUUGAGGAAGAACGUCGAGAAAAGGACGGUCUUUGACAAUUUGGAAAUCGUCAUGCUUGCGAUGGAUGAAAUCUGUGACGGAGGGAUUUUGCUUGAAUCUGAUGCAUCGAGUGUCGUCCAACGGGUAGCCUUGAGAACAGACGACAUCCCACUGGGCGAACAGACAGUGGCUCAGGUUCUACAAAGUGCUAAGGAACAACUGAAGUGGUCGCUGUUAAAAUAAAUCCAAGGAGAAUAUUUGUUGAUAAAGAUGUAAAUAUUAUUAUUAUUAUUGAAUAAAAAAGAAGCUGUAAUAGCACUUAAAUGAAUGUUAUGAAGAAAUAUUCCAAAUGUGCAAUUAAUUGCAUAACAUUAAAGCGAUUGUUCAUUUUGAUAUAAUAAUUUAUUGAUAUAAAAGAGUAUUAAAGAUUUUGUACAUACAAACCCCUCUAAAUUUCCAUUCCUUUCUUACAUAAUUAAUGUAAAAAGUUUAAAAAUCUGUACAAUACUGCUGAUGCAUAUCUUAAGCAGUUAAAUUUACAAAUAAAAUCGAUCAACGCUGCAUAUAUAAAAGUUAA